CAGGCCGUUGGGGGUUGGCAAGUUCAUGCUCGAGAAACCCAACACCGCAGCGGAGAUCUCUUUAAAUCAAAUCGAUACUAAGUUUUUGCCUCUAUACUCAAGGAUCACUGAUGCUCAAAUCUGCACCUGUCGUUUAACCGCUGGCUGUCUGAAGACUGCCGUAUUAUUAUUUUUUUUACACUGAAACCCUGAGAAUCUUGUCCAGCAUUACCAAUGGAGAGAUUGAAGUCUAACGGAGGGGGUCAUGUCAACUCAGCUUUUGAUCCCAACCUCGACGAGCCUCCGAUCUAUGAAGAGACUGAGUUCUCCAACGAUGAGCACCGGACGGUCAGACCCUCGGUAAUCAGUGCAUUCGGUCACGAUACUUUGGACCGAGUGCCCAACAUCAACUUCUACCGUAACGCCGGCAGUGUGAGCGGUCACCGAGCUGUGAGGCCAUCCCUGCAGGAGCUCCAUGAUGUUUUUCAGAAGAAUGGAAGGAUUUCUGUGCCCGAAACGGUGACAGACAAUGAUGAAGGGAGCGAAGGGACUCCCUCUGAUGAUCUGGAGUCUGCCGCUCCGAGCGAUGCCAAAGAUGGGGGAAUAAAGUUUGGUUGGAUACGAGGAGUUCUGGUAAGAUGUAUGUUAAACAUCUGGGGUGUCAUGCUCUUCAUCCGUCUCUCAUGGGUGUUUGGUCAGGCAGGCUGGGGUCUGGGAAUCGUGGUCAUCGCUCUCAGCUGUGUGGUCACCACCAUCACAGGCCUCUCCAUGUCCGCCAUUUGCACUAAUGGAGUUGUCAGAGGAGGAGGAGCUUACUACAUGAUAUCGCGCAGUUUGGGACCAGAGUUUGGAGGCUCGAUCGGUCUCAUAUUCGCCUUCGCCAAUGCAGUGGCUGUGGCCAUGUAUGUGGUGGGCUUUGCAGAGACUGUGGUGGAUUUGCUGAAGGAAUAUGCCACUCUGAUGGUGGAUGAAAUAAAUGACAUCAGGAUCAUUGGCUGCAUUACGGUGGUGUUGCUCCUUGGCAUAUCGGUGGCUGGAAUGGAAUGGGAGGCAAAGGCUCAAAUUGUUCUGCUGGUGAUCUUGCUGGUGGCCAUAGUGAACGUGUUUGUAGGAACAGCCCUUCCUCCAACUGCAGACAAGAAAUCAAAGGGCUUUUUUGGCUAUAACACAAAAAUCUUUAUGGAGAAUUUUACACCAGACUUUAGGAAUGGCGAAACAUUUUUCUCUGUGUUUGCUGUCUUUUUCCCCGCGGCAACCGGUAUCCUGGCUGGAGCAAACAUCUCUGGAGACUUGCGGGAUGCCCAGGCUGCUAUACCCAAAGGUACAUUGCUGGCCAUCCUGAUCACGGGUGUCACCUACCUCGCCGUGGCCCUUUGCGUCUCUGGUACCGUUGUCCGAGAUGCCACAGGAAACACAACCGACCUGGCUUUUCCCGAGCUACCUUGUAAUGGCUCAGCUGCAGUUGCCUGUGAACUCGGCUACGAUUUCUCUUCCUGCGCAACAGAAAAAUGCAAUUUUGGCUUGAUGAACAAUUUCCAGGUAAUGACCAUGGUGUCUGGAUUCGGUCCCCUCAUCACUGCUGGAACCUUCUCAGCCACACUUUCGUCUGCCCUGGCCUCUCUUGUUAGUGCUCCUAAAGUCUUCCAGGCUCUGUGUAAAGACAACCUCUACAAGGCUCUGCACUUCUUUGCCAAAGGACACGGAAAGAACAACGAGCCAAUCCGCGGCUACGUCCUCACGUUCAUUAUUUCCGUGGCCUUCAUUCUCAUUGGUGAUCUCAACGCCAUCGCGCCGAUCAUCUCAAACUUCUUCCUGGCAUCUUAUGCUCUCAUCAAUUUCUCUUGUUUCCAUGCUUCCUACGCCAAGUCUCCAGGCUGGAGACCUGCGUACAAAUACUACAACAUGUGGCUGUCUCUGUUGGGAGCCCUGCUCUGCUGCGUGGUUAUGUUUGUCAUCAACUGGUGGGCCGCUCUGCUCACAUACGGCAUUGAAAUCCUCCUCUACAUCUACGUCACAGUCAAGAAGCCGGACGUGAACUGGGGAUCGUCCACACAGGCGGUGACCUUUGUGAGUGCCGUCAGCAAUGCUUUAUCUCUAAGUGGUGUGGAAGACCAUGUCAAGAACUUCAGGCCUCAGAUCUUGGCUCUAACCGGGUCGGUGCGGGCCAGGCCAGCUCUCCUAGAUCUGGCUCACUCCAUCACCAAAAACUAUGGACUCUGUUUCAGCUGUGAGGUUUUUGUGGGCCAGAGAUCCGAGGUCUUGCAGGAGAUGACCAGUGGGAUGGAGAAGAAUCAGCUGUGGCUCAAUAAGACCAAACGCAGAGCCUUUUAUGCUGCCGUGGCCUGCGACAGUUUCAGGAAAGGUGCAGAGAGUCUGCUGCAGGCUUCUGGUCUUGGCCGCAUGAGGCCUAACACGUUAAUGAUCGGCUUCAAGAGGGACUGGAGAACGGCAGGAACAGAAGCAGUGCAGAGUUACGUGGGUAUACUGCAUGAUGCGUUUGACUUUGAGUAUGGGACAGUGGUGCUGAGGAUGAGCCAGGGUCUGGAUGUGUCGCAUCUUGUCGAGGCAGAAGAGGAAAUGCUGAAGGCAGCGAAGGAGCAGCAAAUCCUGGAUGGUGAGAUGAUGCCGAAUGGAGGGAAAGCAAGGGGACUCUUCAGGAAGUCCAGGAAUUCAUCUCAGCAAGUUCUCACAACCAGAGUGUCAGUGUGCGGGCCCCCGCCUCCGCAGGUUGCCAAAAUGAACGAGAGGCUAGUGGAGGCCAGCGCUCAGUUUAAGAAGAAACAGCCCAAAGGCACCACUGAUGUGUGGUGGCUGUUUGACGAUGGAGGUCUUACACUGCUGCUCCCCUACAUCCUCAGCACCAGGAAGAAGUGGAAGGACUCCAAACUAAGGAUCUUCGUUGCAGGGCAGCCUGGACGGACCGAGAUAGACAAACAGGAGAUGAGGUCUCUGUUACACAAAUUCCGAAUUACAUGCAGCGACAUCACUGUCAUUGAUGACAUCCACGUCAGACCCAACGACAACAGCAUAAAGAAACUAGAAGACAUGAUUGAGCCUUUCCGUCUACAUGAGGGAUCUAAAGGCAGGGAUCAGGCAGAAGGAAUGCAGAAGGAAUAUCCCUGGAAAAUCACUGACGCAGAACUCAGUACCUUUGAAGAGAAGACCAACCUCCAGAUACGACUAAAUGAGCUCCUUCAAGAACACUCCAAAUCGGCUAAUCUGAUUGUUUUGAGCUUGCCUAUCGCUCGUAAGGGAUCCAUCUCAGACUUUCUCUACAUGGCCUGGCUGGAAGUCUUGACAAAGGACCUCCCACCCAUUAUGCUCAUCAGAGGCAACCACAAGAGCGUUCUCACUUUCUAUUCUUGAGCAUCUCGAAGGCCAAAAACCAAAGAACAAUGUAGCUGGAUGGGAACUAUGUUCAUAAAGGGUACAGGAACAUGAGCGAGACAGUCUUCCAGACCCGCAUCAGUCACACAUUCACACUCCGAUUAUCAAUUUUAGAAAAUAAAGACCGAAAACACAUAACAUCAUUAACAGAAAACAGAAAAAAGGAUUUAGAGGAGGUGCUUUAAAUAAUAGGACAUAAACUGCUUUAUGAAGAUUUGAAGCACCUUGAAGUUCAGCAUCAUUAUCGGCAAUGGAUGAUGCUACAGACAGCUUUUUUAGCAUUACGUUGCUGUGCAGCUACUAGGAAAUGCUGCAGAUUUCUAUUAUAGAAGAGAGACAGGACCAGCGGGCACAUGAUGAUGCUGCAGUGGUAAGACCGAGGUACUGUGAUUGUAAUAUAAAUGUAAAUAGAAUACUGGAGUGGAUGUUUUUUAGGCUAUGAUUCUGCUCAAGUCAAUAUUAGUAUCACUGUAGUAAUACUGGUUUAAUUGUUUUUUUGGGGGUUUUUUUUGUAAACAUUCCUAAAGUUUAAAGUACUGGAAACACCAUAUCGCAUAUUGUUUGCUCAUUCUACCUAAUGUUGCUUAAAUGUUUUAAUUUUAGUACCACAACACUUUUUUGCUUGAAGACAACUGAGUGAUUCCAAACACUAUUACAUUUUUCUUUUUUGUAUUUUACUUAACAUUUUGUGAUUAUAUUUAACUAAAUGAGCCAUUUGAAAUAAAAUAAUUAAAACCUUUUGAUCACUUC